CUAUAGAUCGAAAUGUCAAUGUCAAAAACAUGAAUGCUGAAACUCAAAAAUAAGUUUUUUUUCAGAAGCGACGUCCAAAAUGGCAGCCACACGAAGACUUCAAAAGGAACUGGCUGACAUCCGUGCAUCCGGUUUGAGAUCAUUCAGGGACAUAAUCGUUGACGAAGGAAACUUAUUGUUAUGGUCCGGGUUGAUCGUUCCGGAAAAUGCACCCUACAACAAAGGUGCUUUCAGAAUCGAAGUGACGUUCCCUGCUGAGUAUCCCUUUAAACCACCAAAAAUUUGUUUUAAAACCAAAAUCUACCAUCCUAACAUAGAUGAGAAAGGUCAAGUGUGCUUGCCGAUUAUUAGCGCCGAAAACUGGAAGCCAGCAACAAAGACUGAUCAAGUAAUACAAGCUCUCAUAGCACUUGUGAACGAUCCAGAACCUGAGCAUCCACUUCGUGCGGAUCUAGCAGAGGAAUAUUUAAAGGACCGCAAAAAGUUUACCAAGAACGCCGAAGAAUACACUCGGAAACACAGCGAAAAACGACCGGAAUAAGUUUCCCUUCCCACACAUACAUAAUCAACGUCCGAGAAGCAAAUCCAAAUCACAAUACACGAUCAAGCUCAUGCGUAUUGUUGUGUAUACUUAAAUUCAUCUAGUAUUUCUUUUUCCUUAAAAUUCCUUAUUUAAAACAAUAAUGGCGUUAAGCUGUCUUGUUGCGGAGUCAACGUAAAAAUAAAACAAAUGAUAAUAAAUUGAAAAGAUGAAGUUCGUUCCUCUUCUCUAUUAUUUGCUUGAUACGCGAGCUGUUUUUUCGCAUUUUUCAUUUUAUGUGUUUUGCUGUGAGAGUGCAUUAAAAAUUAAAUGGACCGUUGCUUAGCUUAGUGCGUUAUGGAGAGUUGUUAAGCUUAUAAGAUUCCUUUUUCUUUAAUUAAACUCGAUGAUUAACAAUAAUAUAAGUGAAUCAUGCUUUAACAAAAAAGAACGAAGUGAAAUAACUAAAGCAACCUAAGUUAUAAGAAAACUAAUGUAAUAACUUAAAACUCACACUGAAGUGAAUAGAAUGAAAAUGUGUAACGCAUUUAAUUUAGAUUUAAAUCAUGUACUAUGUAACACGUCUGUGACAGCAAAACUGCGUUCUAACUAUAAUUAGAAAAAAAGAAUAUGUUCAAUAAAUAUAGCGAACAAAUGUUAAAA